AUGGUUGAAACACGAAUUUUACCGGAUGAUUGCUGGGAAUCGGUCAUCACAUUCCUAACCGGCGGAGACAGCAAUCAUCCUUACUUGAAGUCUCUCUCUGUUGUCUCAAAACAGUUUCUCUCCAUCACCAAUAAUCUUCCACUCUCACUCACAGUCUAUAAUCAAACACGCCCUUUUCUUCCUCGCCUCUUCAUUAGAUUUACUAACCUCACCUCCCUUAACCUCACUUGCUUUGGUGGUGAUCUCGAUGGGCUUCUAUGUGUAAUCUCUUGUUUUCGAUUGAACCACCUUACAUCGCUCAAUCUCUCUAACCAACCCUUCAUUCCCACAAAUGGCUUGCAAGUCUUCGCACGAAAGUUUACAACUUUGAACUCUCUCACUUGUUCCAACAUUGAUUCUCUCUGUAACAACGACCUGGUUUGUAUAUCUGGUUGCUUCCCUUUCCUUGAAGAACUUGACCUCAGUAACCCUAAAGAGAUUAUUGAUAUUACUGAUGUUGGGGUAAAGGCUAUGUCAACAGCGCUUCCUAAGCUCCGCAAGGUUAAUUUAUCUGGUCAUUACUAUAUAAAUGACUCAUUGCUUUUUCACUUGUGUCAAAGUUGUGAGUUUCUCGAAGAGUUUGUGAUGUUAGACCAUUCAUCACGUUGGAGUCCAUCCCUAACUAAUGAUGGCAUAGCUUCUGCUAUCCGUGUGAGACCAUCUUUGAGGUCUCUCUCCAUUAAAUGGCCGUCAAAGGGAAGGCAUGACAUUAGUUCGCACCUUAUUGACUCGUUGAUGUGUUUGAAGGGCUUAACUUGUCUUGAUUUUCGGUCUUCACGUAUCUCGGAUAUGUUGCUCUCCUCUAUUGCAAUGGAAGCUAUUCCUUUGAGAAAGCUUGUCCUCCAAAAUUGUUUCGGCUAUAGUUAUGCUGGAAUAUCUUGUUUUUUGUCCAAGUGCCAACAUAUCCAACAUUUAGAUCUUCAAAAUGCUGUUUUUUUGACUAAUCAACAUGUUCUUGACUUGUCUUUGUUUCUUGGUGAUUUGGAGUUUAUAAACCUUAGUCAGUGUGGGCAACUCACAAAUUUAGCCUUGUUUGCACUCGUUAGUAAUUGUGCUUCACUUAGUGAGAUCAAAAUGGAACUCACAAAAAUUGGGAUGGAGAGUGUAGAGAAUUCUAAUUCUUUCAAGGAUUUUGUUGUAAGCCCUCAAUUGAAGUCUCUCCAUUUGGCUAAAAAUUCAUGCAUAAGAGAUGAAAGCAUCAAAAUGUUUCCUUCCAUGUUCCCCAAUUUGCAACUGCUUGAUUUAAGUUAUUGUCGUAACAUAUCUGAAGACAGUAUUUGUGAUGUUUUAAGGAGAUGUUGUAAGAUAAGGCAUUUGAACUUAUCCAAUUGUUUAGUAGUGAACCUAUUUGGAAUGAACUUUGAAGUUCCUAAAUUGGAGGUGGUGAACUUGUCACGUACAAUUGUCAAUGAUGAAACACUCUAUGUGAUCUCAAAGAGUUGUUGUGGGCUUUUGGAAUUGUUACUGGAAGAAUGUUUUCAUGUCACAGAGAAGGGAGUGAAACAUGUGCUAGAAAACUGCACAAAACUAAGAGAGAUCAAUUUAAGGGCUUGUAAUAAAGUGAAUGUUAAUGCCGUUGCUUCAAUGUUAUUUUUAAGGCCAUCAUUGAGAAAGAUAAUAGCUCCAUCUGGUUUGGAUUUGAGCAAAACAGAGAGAAUCUUCCUGCAUCGAGGAGAUUAUGCUUGCUAG